CGCCUCGGUGUUCUUCAUCACCAUCUGGUGGUAUGGUACCACAAAUAUGGUUUGCCGACAUUCUUGGGCGAGCAGAAGGGCCCUCACGCUCUAUACCCUUGUUGGGUUUGCAUGACCUCAGCACACACACAUGUUCAAGUUUCUCUCUCCCUCCCUGAGUAGUAUACAGGUUUGUAGAUAUCGGCCGCACUUACCCCCUGCGGAGAAACCCCCGAGGGAGAUGGGGAGGGAGGUGCUGGUCCUGUGGCAUCGGCGUGCACCGUUCGGAUGUGGCAGGUGGCCUCCUGGUCGAGACGAGACUCAUGGGCUGCAUUCGGAACUGCAUCUCUCUCUCAUCCACGAUUUCUCAGUGUUCAAAGUCGCACGCGCAAUGAAUGAUAACGACUGUCUGUGGCUGCUGGAACAUUCCCCUCGAUCUCACUCCGACGAAACCACUGAGAGAGGGAGGCAGAGAGAGAGAGUUAGCAGCGGAAUUUAUUGCAUGUCCACCACGGAAUGCGCCGGAAGUACACUCGCGAUGACAUCAGUCCUUCCUUCUCUUCGUGCCUGCCUCGGAGUCUCUCCUGUGGAACUUGACCAUCUUUCGUACCAGACACUGCAUGUGGAUCGAGUGACUUGAGACCUAGAUACCUAUUCCAUGCCCUCUGCGACGGAUCAUGUUGGUCCCCUCCCUCAUCUGCUCGUCCCCAGGCCCACGCCGACAUGCUUCUGGUCUUCGGAAUUUGUCGAAAUUUCGUACCCCGAGUGCUCUUACUUCCGUGUAUGCACGCUGUGCCAACCAGAGAAAAGUGGUCAUCGCAGUCGGUGCAUCUUCGCCCGAAUUAUUACAUUGUACUUGCCCCAGUCCCCUUGCAUUUAACGGCUUAACCUUUCACCCCUUCGCUGAUGAUACCGAUCACUCGCUGUGAUACAAAAUUUGCUUCUUUUUAUUUCCCUCUUGGUAAUCCUUUUUCUUGAACCGAAAUAUCAUUUGUGAACAAUUGUUUCGUUUCAGUACAUUUUUCGAUAAC